GCGGACCACAGAGGCUGCACAUUCCUCCGUAGGCGCGGUGGACUUUCCCGAGCUGCAGGUUGUUUCGUUGUGAGCUAAAAAAACAAAAAACAAAAAACAAAACCAGAAGUGUUUUCAAUCUGUAUCACUGUGGAGCUAAUGACGCCGUUUGAGCGCUUCCGCCACAGUAGCUGUGGACAGGGGACACGCUGAGAAAUGGACCGCGAAAAGCAAUCAGAGUCUGUACCUGCUCGUUUUCAGGGAGUGUGACAGACUGACUGGAGUGUCAUUUCAGAGGUUUUGGCCAUGGCCGGCUGCUGGCGGUGGUGCCACCGCACCUGCGUGUGCUGUCUGUCCGAGGAGGAGAAGAGGACCAUCGCUGUGGACAAGGAGAUCAAGAGGAUCCUCAAGCAGCAGAAGAAGAAGGAGAGAAAGGAAAUUAAAGUCCUCCUGCUGGGAACCGGGGAGAGUGGAAAAACCACCUUCAUCCGACAGAUGAGGAUCAUCCACGGGCGAGGCUUCUCAGAAGAGGAGAGGAAAGCUUUUGCCAAAUGCAUCUUCCAGAACAUCUUCACAGCCAUCAAGGCUAUGACCGGAGCCAUGACCAUGCUCAAAAUCCCCUACUCCAACCCGGAGAAUGAGAUGUUUGCUAAAUGGCUGCAAGAUAUAAACACAGUGCAGAUCACCCAGCUGGAACGAGGCUACGUGGAGGCAAUCCGGCGCCUCUGGGCAGAUCCGGGCAUCCGGGUCUGUUAUAGCCGCCGAAGGGAGUACCAACUCCUGGACUCCACAGAGUACUACAUGAAUAAUCUGGAACGCAUCUCCAGCCAAGACUACAUCCCCACAGAACAGGAUGUGCUGCGAGUUCGAUUCCCCACCACGGGCAUCCACGACUAUUCCUUCACCAUCAAGACCAUCACGCUAAGGAUUGUGGAUGUGGGUGGUCAGAAGUCAGAGCGUCGGAAGUGGAUUCACUGCUUUGAAAACGUCACCUCCCUCAUCUUCCUGGCCUCCCUCAGCGAGUAUGACCAGGUCCUGGAGGAGAGAGAGACCAUAAACCGAAUGGAUGAGAGUCUGGCUCUGUUCUAUACCACCAUCCAUUCCCCUUGGUUCCUCCACACCUCCAUCAUCCUCUUCCUCAACAAGACUGACAUCCUGGCUGACAAAAUCCAGACCUCUGACCUGCAGAAAUACUUCCCCGGCUUCACAGGUAAGAGGCAAGACCCCGAGGACGCCAAGAACUACAUCCGCAAGCUGUACGAGCAGCAGGCCAUCAGCCGCGACAAAAGGGACGAGUGGAAGACUCUUUACCCGCACUUCACCUGUGCCACCGACACCAGCAACAUCCGCAGGGUCUUCAGCGACGUCAAGGACACGGUGCUGCUCAAGUCUCUCAGGGACUACGGAGUCAUAUGAACUUUUACACUGUGGUGAAAAACAAGAGGAAGGCGGUGGUUCUCAUCUCUGUCUACACUAUUCACUUGUUCUGAGUGAAGGCUCUGAUGAAGGCAGGAUUCUCUCUAAAGCCUGGACAAUCACACCUCCCUCCCCCUCCUUUCCCUCCCCCUCUUCUCCCUCAUCAAGUCAUAAUCUGGGAAGCAGGUGGAAAAAUGAGGGACAAGGUUGUUCUCUUCUCUCACCUCCACCACCAUCACUACCACACUCUCUCCCCCUCAAGUACAAAACAUGAAAACGUUCAGCGAGGACUCUACAGGGAGACACAACAAGGCUGUGUGGCUUUGUAUCAGGGAGCGAGGAGCCAGUAAUCACCCCCAUUCCUCUCAGCCAGAGGCAGUUUUUUUUUCCCAUUUUGAUAUUGUUUUUUUGUUUUUGUUUUUUUAAAGAUGAAAGAGUGUUUGGGCCAUGCAGUGGCUGAACUGAUCCAUAAUUGAAGCAGGAGCCCGAGAUGCUAUGAAGUGCUGUGCUGCCAUUAACAGAGUAAUGACUUUUUCAAGUGGAGAUGGGGCCACGCACGGGCACACCACCAAUGUCACACACAUUUUUACAUGCUUUACCUGAGUCUACCAGUUACACACAGGCGUAGUACAUGCUUGAACACACACUCUCCUGCACAAACACAAAAUGUUUCCAUACAUGAGUUCCAAACUACUGCACUCUUUAUUGUUAGACAUCCUGAAAACGGGGGGAUUUUCUCUAUGUGAUUCAUGUCACCACAGAGUCUAUGACUGUGUCACAAACACUGCGCUCCUGUCAGCGCGUCAGAAUUCCCAUUGAUCACAGUUAUCUCACACUGGCAAUAUUUCUUCCACAUUAUCUGUAUUCAGCACACCUCUGCUCCAUCUCUAUCAAUUAUCAGUUGAGUCCACAGUCUUGCGGUGUCACAACAGUAGUAUUACAUCCUUACAUUCACCUCCAGUCUUUGUUUCUCACUGUGACUGUAAAAGUACACACACCCACACUUACACAUUGGAUUUUUCUGUGCUAAAUGGUUUAAUAUGCAACUUCCUACACGUGGAUAAACUACAGGCUAAGCACUGAGUCACAAGAAACAAAGAGAAUCAUCAUGGCUGUGACGUGGAUGGAAGGAAAAUUUGUAUAGUUUGAAAAUGUAGAGGCCAAAAGCUUCAACAAAUUGAUAUUCCUAGCUUCUUUUCAAGAGUUUUAAAUUAAUCCCCCCCUCUGAUUAAUGACUUUGAAUUUCUCAGCCAAACACCAAUUUAACUGUACUAUGAAACAGCUGAGCACUGGGAAAAGAGGCAGAUAUGAUGUUUUCGGUAGGUUGGUGAUUCUUUGGAUCUACCUGUUGUUGGUAUGCAUCCAUUUUGCUGAAGUGCUCUUAUACAAGACAGUGAAUCACAACCUGCUGCACGGGAGCUUUUAUGUUUCUCCACUGGUUUUAAGAAAAACUUUAAUGGAUGAACAGUAAAAGGUCAAAGUCCUGACCAUGAGAUCCAUUAACAGUUCCUGCCUUUUUCAUCACCGUUGUCUUACUGGGAAAAGGGGAAAUUUGAGAAUAUGUGAAACGUCCAAAACACUGGAAAGAAAGUUUUUAUUGAUAUUUUAUUAACAAUGAAUUACAUCAUUAUGGGUAUGUGAAAUGGGUCGCCCAUAGUGACAGACCCACAGAGAAUUAUCAACCAACUCUUCAAGUUCCUCUCAGUUCUACGUAGAGUUAAAGAGUCCUUCGGCGCACAGUUUUGGUUUACUGACCUGCAGCUUUAGUGGUUUGGUUCACUCUCACCGCUCUCAUCGGUGGCAUUUCCAUACGCUACAAGCAGCUGUUUUGAGCAAAAAAGCUUUUAAACCCACUGUACAUUAUCUAUCCAGCAUUAAACAGGAGACAGACACAGUUAGAAAGUAGCUGGUGAUCAUAGUGGAGCAUUUAGUGGCUGAAGAGACAGAUAUUUCCCUCACGAGCUGGUUAGAGACCAAACGUAGAGCUAAAAAGAGAGUGAAAAUUAGACUUACAUUCAUCAUGUAGCCAGAAACAUGACUUCAUAUGGAUGAUAAUGUUGCUCUGCAUCUGCUGGGUGUGCACAUAUAUCAACUUAUAGGGUGAUGGUAUGUCAAUGUAGUGUCUAAAGCUUGUGCACUGCCAUCUGUCAGCUGGUCAUAGCCUCUGAAAUGUGGCUGUUUUGUACUUUUCUACAUCCAGUUCUGCAACAAUAUCUUCAUCAGUCUCCAUUCAAUGUUCCUGCCAGCUCAAUAGACAAUUAAUACACUUGAUUAAAAUCAAUACCAUAAAUUCAAGCACAAAUCACACUUGGUGGCUGACAAGUUUUAAAAGGUCAUGAUUGAAGAAAUUGAGACUGUGAGAAAACAGCUCGAUUCACACUGCGAGUUCAAUCAACAGUGGUGGAAAAAAAAAAAAAAAAAUCCAACAGGCGAUCUGCUCUGCUGGGUAAAGGGUAAAGAAUAUUAAUAUGAGGUGGAAGUGUGAUCUCCUUGUGUGUCCUAUUUAUAUCAUUGUGUGGAGAGGGGAUUUUUAUAAUAUUGAUCAGAAGCGUGAGUUCUACCCUUGUGUGCGUCAUUGAGUGUUGAGUGCGUGUUGAGUGGAAAAUGACAUUGAAAUUCAGUAAAUUAACUGACCUUGAUGGGAAGCUAACAUUAGGUCACGAUGUGUCUGUUAUGUGGUUUUCGGCUGCUGUUUUGCUCAUUGUAUAUAGCAUGUUUUGAUCUCUACACUGCAAAUUUAUGUAUUCAGAUGUGGUAGCUACAUUGUUGAAUCCUUAUGAUGCCUUCAGACACAAAUGUGUAAUUGUACUGUACAUUUACUGAUGACUACUACACUUUUGAUUGAUUUUUAACAGCUGUAUUUUUUUUAUCAUUGUUUACCAACAGCACAUUAACUGUGACUAGACAGCAUGUUUGCUUGUGAACUACUUUUCUGCAUUAGGAGAACUCCUUUCAUAUGGUGACAGUGAAUUAUUUUUGUGUAGACUCGGGUGAAGGAAGUGGGCAAAUAUGUUUUUUGUUUUGUUUUUUCUAGUUGAUAUUAAA